AUGGCAACCAACUCCAUCAAGCAAAAUGGCCACCAAAACGGAUCGUUAGAGUCUUCUGAGCUCUGCAUAAAGAAGGACCCUUUGAACUGGGUUGUGGCAGCAGAGACACUAAAAGGGAGCCACUUGGAUGAGGUGAAGCGCAUGGUGGCUGAGUACAGGAAGCCGGUGGUGAAGCUCGGUGGAGAGAGCCUGACCAUUUCCCAAGUGGCGGCCAUAGCCACUCAUGACUCUGGGGUCAAGGUUGAGCUCUCUGAGUCAGCCCGGGCCGGCGUCAAGGCCAGCAGCGACUGGGUCAUGGACAGCAUGAGCAAAGGGACUGACAGCUAUGGUGUCACCACUGGGUUUGGUGCUACCUCCCACAGAAGAACAAAGCAAGGGGCUGCCCUUCAGAAGGAGCUCAUUAGAUUCUUGAACGCUGGAGUGUUUGGAAGCACGAAAGAGUCAGGCCACACUUUGCCUCACCAGGCAACAAGAGCAGCCAUGUUGGUUAGGAUCAACACACUCCUUCAGGGCUACUCUGGCAUAAGAUUUGAGAUCUUGGAAGUCAUCACCAAGUUCCUCAACAACAAUGUCACUCCAUGCUUGCCCCUACGCGGCACGAUCACAGCCUCCGGUGACCUUGUCCCUCUGUCCUACAUCGCCGGGAUGCUAACUGGCAGGCCUAAUUCCAAGGCUGUUGGACCAGAUGGCCAGACCCUCAGUGCUGCAGAGGCUUUUGAGUUUGUUGGCAUCAAUUCCGGGUUCUUUGAGUUGCAGCCUAAAGAAGGCCUGGCUCUUGUUAAUGGCACUGCUGUUGGUUCUGGCUUGGCUUCCACGGUUCUUUUCGACACUAACAUUUUGGCAUUGCUGUCAGAAAUUCUAUCAGCAAUUUUUGCUGAAGUUAUGCAGGGGAAGCCUGAAUUUACUGACCACUUGACGCAUAAGUUGAAGCACCACCCUGGCCAAAUUGAAGCCGCAGCAAUUAUGGAACAUAUUUUGGAUGGUAGCUCUUAUGUUAAAGCUGCUAAGAAGUUGCACGAGCAGGACCCUCUGCAGAAGCCAAAACAGGAUCGAUAUGCUCUCCGAACUUCACCUCAAUGGCUCGGUCCACAGAUCGAAGUGAUCCGGUACUCCACCAAAUCUAUUGAGAGGGAGAUCAACUCAGUCAAUGACAACCCUUUGAUUGAUGUGUCAAGGAACAAGGCCUUGCAUGGUGGCAACUUCCAGGGGACCCCGAUUGGUGUCUCUAUGGACAAUACUCGUUUGGCUAUUGCAGCCAUUGGGAAGCUCAUGUUUGCUCAAUUUUCUGAGCUUGUCAAUGACUUUUACAACAAUGGAUUGCCAUCAAAUCUGUCUGGAGGCAGGAACCCAAGUUUGGAUUAUGGCUUCAAGGGGGCUGAGAUUGCCAUGGCAUCUUAUUGUUCUGAGCUUCAGUUUCUCGCGAACCCGGUCACUAACCAUGUCCAGAGUGCAGAGCAGCACAACCAAGACGUGAACUCUUUGGGGUUGAUCUCUUCAAGAAAGACAGCUGAAGCUGUUGAUAUCUUGAAGCUCAUGUCUUCCACAUUUUUGGUGGCACUUUGCCAAGCCAUUGAUUUGAGGCAUUUGGAGGAGAACUUGAGGAACACAGUUAAGAACACAGUGAGCCAAGUUGCUAAGAGAACUUUGACAACUGGGGUUAAUGGAGAGCUCCACCCAUCAAGAUUCUGUGAGAAGGAUUUGCUUAAAGUGGUCGAUAGGGAAUAUGUUUUCGCCUACAUCGACGACCCCUGCAGUGCCACUUACCCAUUGAUGCAAAAACUAAGGCAAGUGCUGGUUGAGCAUGCUUUGACAAAUGGUGAGAAUGAAAAGAAUGCAAGCACUUCAAUCUUCCAAAAGAUUGUUGCUUUUGAGGAAGAGCUGAAGGUGCUUUUGCCUAAAGAGGUGGAUAGUGCAAGGGCUGCAUUGGAUAGUGGAAGUGCUGGAGUUCCAAACAGGAUUACGGAAUGCAGGUCUUAUCCGUUGUACAAAUUUGUGAGGGAGGAGUUGGGUGCAGAGUACCUAACAGGGGAAGAGGUCAGGUCACCGGGCGAAGAAUGCGACAAGGUGUUCUCAGCUAUCUGCGAGGGAAAGAUUAUCGACCCGAUUCUGGAUUGCCUCGAGGGCUGGAACGGUGCACCACUUCCGAUCUGUUAG